AAACGAAUCAUGCCAGUAGCGAACAAUUCUUCUAACCUCAUUUUUCGAGUUUCUUGAAAGGAGGAACAUUACACAAGGGUCAAAAAAGAAAAGAGAGAAAGAGUUUUGGAUGGCGUCAUCACAAGUUGAGAGGGUUGCAUCAUCUUCUCCAUUCGCUUGUGUUCUUCGCGAUAGGAAUCGGCCUGACCGAUGCAAUAGGGAGGCAAACAACGCCAAUUCCUCUAGAGCCGCUACUAUCCAGAAGAAUCUUAAGGUUUUGGUCAGAGACCAUCUUCAUAAUUGCAUCUCAGUAUCUCCUGAUGAGAAUUCCCUAUCACAGCAAAAUAGUGAUAACUUGGAUUCUGUCACCAUUCCGAGCAACAGUCGUAAUAGCCCAUCAAAAAAUGAAAUAGGAAAUAACAACUCUUCUUCUUGUUCUUCAACCCGCAUGAACAGCCGACAAGCAAGGAAUUUGGACCGUUGGGCAGCGAAGCAGGCAGAGCAAAUGGUAUCAACGAUCGAGAGGCAGAAUCAAGAGGCUGAGCUUUGGGUUGUGGCAUCAAGCAAUCCAUGCUCUUCUUCCAAUUCGAAGGAGCCCGAGAAUCGUGUAAUCUCUUCCCAAAACUCAAUAGCUGAGAGUGAAUGUUCCUCUAAGAGCCAAAUUGGGGCUUCUUCUCUCGUACAAAUAUGGGAGGCAAGGCUGAAUCAACCUAAAUCCAAUCCUCAAAUGUCACAACAUAGCAGAACUAGUUCUGUUUCCAGCCUCGACAAUAUUAAUCUUAUCGAAGAACCUUCUAGGCAUUCUGAUGUUUUUGACUCAGUUUCUAACAACGAUUUGCUCACCGACUGGGACUCGACAGCUCAAAGCACAACUUCAACCAUAAACCGCCGUCAUUCUGAUGUUGGUUUAGACAAGGAAAAGGUCAGGAUUGCGGAUAUCAUCAGACGUUUGACGUGUGAUGUGCACGAUCAUCAUGAUCCUGGGAAUGGCAACAAUUGUGAUACCCCUAGAAGGACUUCCACCAGUUCAGAACCUUCCUUUGAGCAUAGAGGAGGAUGGCCGCUAAUUGUGAACUCACCAAGAAUUCGAGGUCGGCAAGCAUUUCAUGAUUUGCUUCUCCACAUUGAGCAUGACCGCCAUAAAGAGCUUGGUUCCCUCGCUGAGCGCCAAGCUGUCUCAAAAUUUUGUUACCGUGGUCGCAUUCAGUCUCUAUUGAAGUUGAGAUUUCUAAGGCGUGAUGUGGGGGUUCAAACUCGACCAGUACCAGUACCACCAACAUGUAAACCGCCACAACAUAGUUCUAGCAUUAUGCAACUCAGGGAGAGAUUGAAGGCAUUUCUUGAGCAAGAAAAAAGUGGUGGAAAAGAAGCUAUUGCCCCAAAAAAGUCACCUAGACCAGAGAAGCAUUGUAGACAAAUAGACAAUUUUUCGACCCAGCAUCAAUCCAUUUCUGAGGGUAAGUCCCAAGAAAGGGCCCCACACACUGAUUUGAUGAGUACAUUCGUCUCAGUAGAGCAUCUAGAGAAACAAGAAAAGAAGUCAGGUGAGUGCCUAGAGCAUAGUGAACUACCAGUAGAGGAAUCUAUUUUCCAAGAAAGUAAGCCUUUGUUGGAAAAUCAAGAUACAGAACAUGAAGCUAUACUUGUGACAAGUAAUCAAGUCGAGGAGAAAAGAAACAAAAUUGAGGGCCAAUUGAAAGAGGAGGAAAAUAAAUUUUCCUUGGAGAAAAAAGAAUUAAAGCGACACAAUGAAUUAGAUAAUAUCCCCAUUCUUGAGAAUAUUGCAAUUCACAGCUCGAUAGAAGCAUGGCAAGAAAGAAACUUGGAGUGUGAAAUGGAGUUAGAAUCGAUGAAGAACAAAAGCAUACAACAAACAGAGGAUUUGCAUCAUACUCCCAUUCAAAAGGAUAUUACAGUUCAAAGCUCGGUAGAAGCAUGGAAGGAAAGAAACUUAGAGUUUGCAAUGGAGGAUGAUCAAGAGGUAGAAGCAAGUGAUGAUGAAGAAGAAGAGUAUUUUGAGGAAGCUCCAUAUGAUUGGUUUAGUGAUAUAGCUAAACCACGUAGCUAUUGGGAAGACAUGAGACGAUCUUGGUAUGAUGAGAUGCUAAGUAGUGGUUGUGGAAAUCGAGACAUAAAGGAACUUCUCGAGAGGAAAACAGUGUCAAGCUUUCUUUCUAGUGAAUUUCGGGAAAGGAUUGAUAGGUUGAUGUUGUCUCGAGCCCAUAUUCAAGCUAACCAAGAACAACAGAGAUCAGAGGCUGAUGAAAACCAAGAGAAGAUGGCACAACUAGCAUUAUCAUACUUCCACAGAGAGGCUAAUGAAGAAGAUGAUGAUGUGUUUCAAGAAAAACAAAGUGAUCGUGUUGAAAAACCUGAAGAACAAGAAGAGGUCGAUGAAGAGACAGAAGACGAGGAAUCAGAAGACGAAGAAGAAGAAGAAGAAGAAUAUUUGGAUCAGGAAGAACAUCAACAAGAGAGCUUAACAAGUCGGCAGUUUGUCGAAGCCAAUGAUCUUUUUGAUCAGUCCUCCCAAUCAAUCUUUUCACCUUCUCCAUUUAGAUCAUGGAAUUAUGGUGAAAGGCAAGAUAUGGAAGAGUAUGAUCGAUUCUCAAAUGCCGCUUCUCAGCUACAUAAUCAACCAUUUCGGAGCAGUCAGGAUAGAAGAAGAUGCUCUUGCUCUACAAGUCAUGCAUUAAUUGAGGUCGAUGUGGUGAAUGAACUAAGAGGAAACAUGGAACAAAUAAGGAGUGAAAUGACAGAUCUUAGAAAGCUAAUGCAAAGUUGUAUGGAAAUGCAAAUGAAUUUCAUGAGGUUGGUCAAGCACGAAAUUCAACCAGAUGAAGUGGGUACAGGAAUAAACUCAACAAACUUUCAACAAGAAUGAAUGAUGACUUUAUGGCACAAAAUGUGAAGCUAACAGAAUGUGAAUUAUUUAUUAACUGCAUUGUACAUGAGUCACAUAAAGGGUUUUCCCAUGGCCAUAACCAGAGAUGGUAGUGUUGGACAUUGAAGAAUCACACUUUCUUUCUAUGCUACGAGGAGAUAGUAGUGUAUUCAAUUUUGUAUAGAAAAAAAGAUUGCUCCUGAUUCCUUAAGAAGGGAAUUACAAACUAGAUGUAUAUGAAUGUUUGUUCUAGUUGGCAAAGGGUCAAACGGUUGGUGGGUAGCAAGACGCAAUCACAUUGGGAAGUGCACAAUUUGUCGAGCUAUAAUUUUAGGGUGAAGUAAAAGCUAACUCAGACUCCUACAAAAUUUGAAGUAAGAGAAGAAGGAAGUGGCUAUGUAUCAUAUAAGUCCGCUCAUAAAGGAAAUGAGUUCCUAUCCCAGAGGAC